GGAGUACAGCAGUAGGCCCUUUUGGCUCCAGCUACAACUUCAGUCAGCCUGCCUCAGCUCUGCGCAGUCAACCGUCAGCAGCGCCACCGGGUGCAGGGAUAUCCCGAUGAAAGGGGAGACUGUUCGGGGGUGAAGAAUUCAGACGAGUUGACUACAGAGCCAUCCAUCAUGAGAUGAAGCAGUUACCUGAUCAACCAUCACUCAAAGACAAAAGACUCAGAUGUUGCUGCCAUGUGCCACACUCACGCCCGAAGCAGACGAAAAGCUCAGCCCGUUAAAGACCUUUUGGCAACUUUCUACCCUCUGAUCGAGGACACUUUCAGUGACUCUCCACCAAGACUCGCAGAGCUCCACCACCACAGUGCGUCCACCCUGCCUUCAUCACCACAGCUGUGCUGUCAGUAAGGUUCAUUCACAAAUGUCUACCUCACGAUUAAAAGAACCCUCUCCGACACUGCGAACCUGAACAGGAUACAAAAUGACCUCGAGCAUUGACCGGGAUGACAGCAGUAUCUUUGAUGGGUUAAUGGAAGAAGAUGAAAAGGACAAAGCAAAACGUGUGUCCCGUAACAAGUCUGAGAAGAAACGCAGAGACCAGUUCAAUGUCCUCAUCAAGGAGCUGGGUACCAUGUUGCCGGGAAACACCCGGAAAAUGGACAAGUCCACUAUUUUGCAGAAGAGCAUCGACUUUCUGCACAAACACAAGGAAAUCGCUGCUCAGUCAGAGUCAACUGAGAUCAGACAAGACUGGAAGCCUCCUUUUCUUAGUAAUGAAGAGUUCACUCAGCUGAUGUUGGAGGCAUUAGAUGGAUUUUUCCUUGCAAUUAUGACUGAUGGGAAUAUAAUCUAUGUCUCUGAGAGCGUGACGUCUCUACUAGAACAUUUACCUACUGAUAUGGUUGAUCAGAACUUGUUGAACUUCCUGCCCAUGGGGGAGCAUUCAGACGUGUACAAGGCUCUGUCCUCUCAUAUCAUGGAGGGAGAGACGCUGACGCCUGAAUACCUGAAAACAAAAAAUCAGCUGGAGUUCUGUUGCCACAUGCUCAGAGGGACUAUCGAUCCCAAAGAGCCCCCCGUGUACGAAUAUGUGAAGUUCAUCGGAAACUUCAAGUCCCUGAAUAAUGUGCCUAACUGUACCCGAAACAGUUUUGAAGGAGUGAUCCAGCGAUCACUUCACUCUGCCUUUGAAGACAGAGUGUGUCUCAUAGCAACUGUGAGGCUAGUCAAACCACAGUUUAUCAAGGAGAUGUGCACUGUAGAAGAGCCUAAUGAGGAAUUCACCUCCAGACAUAGUUUAGAGUGGAAGUUUCUCUUCUUGGACCACAGAGCUCCACCCAUCAUAGGUUACCUACCGUUUGAGGUCCUGGGUACAUCAGGAUAUGACUACUAUCAUGUAGAUGACCUGGAGACGCUGGCCAAAUGCCAUGAACACUUAAUGCAAUAUGGGAAAGGGAAGUCCUGCUACUAUAGAUUCCUCACGAAAGGGCAGCAGUGGAUUUGGCUUCAGACACACUACUACAUCACCUACCACCAAUGGAACUCCAGACCAGAGUUUAUUGUCUGCACACACACUGUUGUAAGUUAUGCUGAAGUAAGAGCAGAGCAGCGCAGAGAACUUGGAAUUGAAGAAUCACCACCUGAGAUCACAGCAGACAAGCAGUCCCAGGAUUCAGGCUCCGAGUCCCAGCUCAACACUUCCAGCCUGAAGGAGGUUUUAGAGCGAUUCGACCACAGCCGGACACCCUCGGCCUCGUCUCGCAGCUCACGCAAAUCAUCACACACCGCUGUGUCUGACCCAUCACAGAUGAAACUUCAGGGUGACAGGAGUACACCAGGUCGCCAGUCUGUCUCUGCUGUGGAGAUGACAUCACAACGAAGAUCAUCGAUCAGCAGUCAGCAAUCGAUGAGCUCCCAAAAUACAGGACAGAACAUGACUCCAUCCAUGGUUUCUCAACAGCAGCAACAACAACAACAGCAACAGCAACAGCAACAGCAGCAACAGCAACAGCAACCGCAGCAGCAGCAGCAGCAGCAGCAGCCUCAACAGCAACAGCAAGUUCAGAGCAGUGGACAAUCAAUAGUGCAGUUCUCCAGCCAGUUAGAAGCCAUGCAGCACCUGAAAGAGCAGCUGGAGCAGAGGACCAGGAUGAUUGAGGCCAACAUCCAGCGGCAGCAGGACGAGCUGCGGCAGAUCCAGGAGGAGCUGCAGAGGGUGCAGGGACAGAGCCUGCAGAUGUUCUUGCAGAAAGGAGCAGGAGGACUAAAUCUUGCCUCUGUUCAGAUGGCCCAGGGGAACACUGUGCAGCAGGGGGGUACACUCAGCAUGCAGGGCCAGGUGGUCUCUGCUGGGCCUCUACAGAACAGCAUACAGCAACAACAUGCUGUCCAGCCCCAGUCCCAGCAGCAAACACUCCUGCGUGAACAGAGCGCAGCACUCUCACAGUCUCAGCGGUCGUCUCUCGCUCUGCAGCCACAACAAAAUCCACUACCGGUGUCUCUCUACAACACAAUGAUGAUCCCUCAGCAAAACCCUGCUAAUGUGGUCCAGAUUGCCACUAGCCUGGCACAGAAUGCUGGACCCAACACUCCUGCUGUGGCAACAUUUGCACAGGACCGCGGCACUCAGAUUAGGUUUCCUGCCGGUCCUCAGCUGCUCACCAAGCUCGUGACAGGACAGAUGGCAUGUGGGGCAGUCAUGGUCCCCACAACCAUGUUUAUGGGCCCAGUGGUGACGGCCUUCACUCCUCAGCAGGGCCAAACCCAGACCAUCAGCAUUUCCCAGCAGCCGCCCCCGCCACCACCGCCGCCGCAGCAGCAACAGCAGGAGCAGCAGGUACAGCCGCAGUCACAGGUCACAGCCAUGCAGCCAGGGCAGGCUCCACUGGCCCAGCAGCAAACACAGUUCCUACAGGCUCCUCGGCUUCUUCACGGAAACCAGUCCACCCAGCUGAUCCUGCAGGCGGCGUUCCCUUUGCAGCAGCAGGGUACCUUCGCUGCCACAGCCCAACAGCAGCAGCAACAGUUACAACAGCAACAACAACAACAGCAGCAGCAGAAGCAAUUACAGCAGCAGAAACAGCAACUGGCUCCUCACAGAGCGGAUAGUUUGUCUGACCGCUCCGCUACGCAGCCACAGUAGCCGACUGCAGCCAAUCAGAAGUGGAGUGAGCCAAAUCCAGGUGUGCACGUUUUUGUGACAAGGGUCUAAGGAGGAGUUCUGGUGAAAGUGCAGCACUGAGGCCAUGCCUCAGAGGCUCAGAAGUGACGGGCAGGCUGUGGCUUCCCUCCCCUCACAAGGAUCUUUGGCUGUUUGCACUUAGCUCCUGAGCAUAAAGUGCUGCAGAGAACCCAGGACUGGGCUCGCUGUGGCUCUGGCAGUGGGCUUUGGAUUAAAGCCUUUUCUCCAAGGAAGCGGGGAGCCGCGAUCCCUGUAAUGGAUUCUCCCCCCCCCCCCCCCGUACGCCUCCCCCGGCCCUCUCCUCGUGUGUUUAGUGUGUGUGUGUGUAUGUGUGCUCUAGUCACCCUCACAGGAUUAUUUUAUGCAGAGCUCACCCGUUAAUGCAGUGAAGCUUCUCUCAGAGCUUCAAGGACGUCCUGGAAAACAGCCAGAGGCUUGUUUGUUUUGGAUGUUUUCUCCUAUUCUUGUUAAAUAAUUAUGGGUCAGAAAAUAUUUUUAAGAAUGUGGUGUAGAUUGAACUUUUACUGUACAGAACAUCAUGUGUAAUAUAUAAUGUAAAUAUAUUGAAAAAGAACGAACUAAUAUUUUAUAUGAUGCAUGAAAUGAAAUGCGUAGUCUGUUAUUUGCAGCUUUGAAUAAGCUUUUUUUCUAGAGCUCUAAGGAAAAAAAGAUCUUAAACUGCUCAGUGGCUGAAAUUUUCACAGACUUCCUUUCUCCUAGGGGAUGUGUUUGUUUGUGUGUCUGCAUAGCAGACAAUGUCAAUGCUGCUUGUUGUGUCACAGUUUGUUUAAUCCUUGACCCAUAUUUUCACAGAAUUUCGUAAAACUGUACGAAUGAUAGACACGUAUUUUUAAGCUUUUUAAGAUGUGCUUAAAAUCUGCACAGGAAAGACUCUGAAUUCAGCUUGAGUCAGAUAAUGUGAAUGGAAUAAAUACUACCAAGGUUAAGCUAAACGUAUGCAACAAUAAGAUUUGCCAGCAUAAUCCUUCAUAUCCUUAUUUCUUGAUUUUUAGCACUUUCACUGAUGUCUCCUCAUUUCACAGCCAUCCAUGAUGCCUGUAUCUGAAGACACUUUGUUCCAUCUCUAAACAUUUAUCCGAAGACAUAAAAUCAGUCUGGUUGCUGUUCUUCUCAGACUGAGCUUGAAUCAAAUGAUUUGUGCUAAUCAGAUGAUUUCCUCGUUGGCAUGCUGAUCAUCCAUCCAGUCUUUAGGCAUUUAUCUGGGUCAGCAGGGUACACAGAGCAGCCCGGGCGUCCUCCUCCUCCUCCUCCUCCUCCGGUCACCCCUGUUUCAGCUGUGAGAUGGCCCCAGAUCCCCUGACAAGCUCUUAGAGAAGAGGUGGCUCGACACAGAGCGCCGCUCAUGUCUCUGAGCUCUGAGCAGUAUCAGGGAGAGAGAGGCCAGCCACACCACAGAGACCUCAGUUAGAGGUAGAAAUAGUUGUUGUGGUUAGAAUGACGUUUGUUUCAUGGGAACUUUGCUCUCUGGCUCUCAGUCAUGCUUUGAUAAAUUAGUUGCACUACUUAAGCUAAUUCAUCUAAAGCUUACUGCAGUUCUCUACAUGUUCACUCACCUUUAGUUAAACUUGCAAUAACCUCUGGGCAGGUGUUUUCCUUUACCACCCGUCAGUUUAUAAAAUUACACGUUUAUUUCAUCAUGGCCCAUUUUAGCUUCAACUACCUACCUUCAACUAUGCAGUGCUAGCGCAUUUAACUGCUAAUGUUUUCAGCAUGCUAACAAUGAGCUUACAAGCUGACACCUCAGCCCGUUCUUCACCUGUGUGAAGUGACGGGCUGAGCUCAACUCAUGGCCACAGGUCUGGUGAAACGCAUAACACAUAAUUCAUUCGCUGUGCAAACUGAGAGUGAUGCACCACAGAAGUCGUGUUUGGUUUAAGCCUAGCCUUGAGUAGCGAUGGAAAAAUGCUAAUAUUAACCCUGGUUUGUGGCCUCCUGCUUUGGGAUACAGCAUUAGACCCAGGAGCUGGCACAGAGAGCCUUUCUAACAGCUGAAAGUGGCGGAGUUUGGGUUUAUCAGAGAAGAAAUGAUCUGUCAGCUCAGUUUGAGUGUUUGAACAGGUAGAAAUUUGGUUUUGAUAAGAUCUUCUACCGUUGAUUACCACCUUGGCAUUAACCCCAGAUAAAGAUGCAUCCGUAAGUUAGACCUCGUGGUCUGGACCCUCUGCAGAGCGCUCUUCUGUCCCUCCCACCCUCGCCAUCAGUCGCGGUGCUGCAACACAUAUCAGUAUUUAAACAAGACGCACAACAGUUCCCUGCUAAACGCUGACCAUGUUUCACAAACCUGUAGAUUGGGCCUGGUGUUGAGCUGCAUAUUAGCAGCACGGUGGAGUGUGAUAUAAGUGGUGCAAUAAACCUGAAGGAAUGUAAUUAAAUGUCAUUAACAUGAGUAUUUUGCAUGAGGAGGUGUAUGACUGUGGGAGACUUUGUACAAUGUGUAUGAUAAGACAAAGAGUAAAUAAGAGAACUAAAUUAUUUUUCUGUUGCUGGAAUAAACGUCAUGGAGUGAACGUACAUGAUAUCAAAUCAACAGUUUCACUGCUUCUAAAUGUGCAAAAUAAAGUUUAAGAUAAAGUUCCAAAUCAAGGGUUUAACCACACAUGAAGGAUCUAAACCAACUGUGACAUACACACUAAGACUGUUGAAACUUUUUUCCCCCUGAAAGAUCUGGUUACUUGUGAGUUUAUCAUUAUGCAAAGACUUUGGUGUCAGAUUUAAAGGUCACUUUCUCUUUUCAUUUGCUUUGAUUCAGUGUUCAGACUGAAUCUUUACCUGCCGAUCAACUUGUUCUUCUUCAUGCUGGAAAUGGUUGAAAUGGACACAUUUCAAAAGAAAGCGCAAAGUUCAGUUUUGUUUUUAAAAAAAAAAAAAAAAAUACACAAUUUCCAAGGAUAAUUUUGGAUUUUAAAGUUGGUCAUUUCCAACUCAGAGAAAGAUGAGGGAUCCGUUUUGUUAUCCAAAGAGAAGUAAACUCAAGGAGACGAGCCCUAAAUGAAAGAACAUGGUGCAUUAUGUUAAAUGUUGUGUAGUUCUGAUGUACACACCAGAAACUCUGAGUGUCUAUCAGUGUUUUCUCUCCACUAUCACUUCAUAUUUGUAUGGCAUUUUUGUUUGGCUCAGGAAAUUUACUGCUGCAGUCCACUCGACCACACAAGCACCGCACAUAAUGAAAGGGUUAAUCCACACUAACCCCCCCCCCCAUCAGAGCAGGUGAUGGAUGGUGAACACCUGCCUGCAAGAUGCUUCAGUUAAUCUGUUGGUUUAUAAAAUUCUAGAGAUUAUUAAGAAAUUGAUUGUCACUAUAUCCCAGAGCUCCAGUUGAUGUUUUCAUAAGUUUUAUUUUAUCUGACCAACAAUGCAAAACCCCCAAAUAUUUAAUUUACAGAGACAUAAACGAAGAGAAGCAGGAAAUACGUAAACAUUUACAAAUAUAAAUCUAUACAUCCUGCAGUGCAACCGAAACACAAUGUGCAACCAGAAAAUGUGCAAAUAAAUAACUAACUAAAAUACUGUAGCAUGUAUCUAAAGAUGGGCAAGCAAUAAAAUAAAUAACCCAGACAGUCAGAUGGAGCGAUAUUCCUGAUAUUUCUGUUUAACAGUCUGAUUGUGUGGUGAAUCUGAGAUUAACUUACAGUCAAUUAUCAGAUCAGCUGCCAAUUAAUUUUCUGUUGCACUAAUCUAUAAGUCGAUUCAUUAUUUCAGCUCUACAGUUUUAAUAAAGCCAUUAGUUACAACUUCCUUAAUAACUGCUUUGUGGUGGAUCAUUAGAAAGUGGUAAUAAAGUUUUGGUAACACUUUAAAGUUUAGCAUUUCUGCGCAGUAUAUAAACAUGUCAUACACAGUUUAUACUGUAACACACUGUUACAUGGUUGUAAGCAGGUAUAAGUGUUUAUUAAUGCAUUUGUUAGCAGCUAUAUCUCCCCCUCUGGGCACCUGGAAGUGGAGGUUGGUGGAUAAACAAAUAAUGAAUGACAGUGUAGUGAAACACAGUUGGAAUAAAAUGUGUCUUCACAGGAGAGGAUAUAAUUGCUAGUGAACUGUAUUUUAAUAAACACUUUAAUGUUUGUAUACUGCUUAUAAAUUAAACUUAAGUUACUAUUUUUUUAAUUGAUGUGGAUACGAUAACAGAGUUUGUCCCGAUACUAACAUCUGAACUUUGUUUCUUUGCACUCUUCACGGCAGAUUCACCCCUGACAUGUAAACAUGUUGUGUUUAUUUUCCUCUGAUAUGAGGCACAAGGGACAAUCUGCUCUCUUCACAUUCACUACUGCCACCUGCUGUUCAGUUUGAGGUCAAACAUUUUUAACGUCCAGUGUUUCUGAAGCUCCCCCCACCAGAAUUUAACUCUGGUCUCAAUCUCUUUUCUUAGAAAUAAUGUGAAAUAGGCCCACCGGUGUGUGUGGUUGUGCUUUUGCAAUGAUUCCACCACUUCAUGUCUGCAAAACGUGUGCUGCCUUGCAUUCAUGUCUUCAGCCAAACUAUUCC